GCGGGGCCGGCGGCCAGCUGGAAAAGUGGAUGCAGGCACGUGACGUGGCUUAGAGGGAGCGACGCCUUAUAAAAAGUGUGAGGAGUGUGUGGAGAGCACAGAGCGUCUGGAGGAGCUGCGCUCGCAUCCUCCCGACAGGAGAACCAAUUCCGCGCGCGACACAAAAACUAGCAAUUUGUCUGGAGAAUUUGCGUGAAAAAAAAAUGGCAACCAAGCUUCAUUUGUAUUAAAUCACCCAGUUGUUUUUUUUUGUUGUCUCUUUUGUUUCUGAAAGCAUCGAGGAGGCUGGAUGUUGCGCUUCUGGCUUGGAUUAACGCGCAAAAGAUAAAGGGCGGAUCUGCGCGCUGGAAGGAAUUAUGUAAGGUUGGCGUGAGCUUGCAGCCCUCCCCUCUCUCACAGCAACAUGCAGUCCGUGCUGGACGCUGUGGCCGACACCACCUUCCGGACUAUCACCUCCGGUUUACAGUACCUGGGCUCCAACGACGCCAACUACGACGAGGCCGUCAGCCAAGUGGACUUGAAGGGCGUGUUCUCCCUGCAGAAGCCCUUGUCCUCCUUCCGCAGUAACGCCUUCCCCGAUAAGAUCCCCCCUGACGAGGAGCUGAUCCUGAGGGGAUUCUACCCCACCAAUGCCACGGAGCUCCUGUCCAACCGCAGCGGCGCCUUCCCGGACGAGGGCGGUAACAUACAAUGCGGGGAGAACUUCAUGGACAUGGAGUGCUUCAUGAUCCUGACGCCCAGUCAGCAGCUGGCCGUGGCGGUCAUGUCGCUCACGCUGGGGACCUUCACCGUCCUGGAGAACCUGGUGGUGCUGUGCGUGAUCCUGCAGUCGCGCACCCUCCGCUGCAGGCCCUCCUACCACUUCAUCGGCAGCCUGGCCGUGGCCGACCUGCUGGGCAGCGUCAUCUUCGUCUACAGCUUCUUGGACUUUCACGUGUUCCACCGCAAGGACAGCCCCAACGUGUUCCUCUUCAAGCUGGGCGGGGUGACGGCGUCGUUCACCGCCUCCGUCGGCAGCCUCUUCCUCACCGCCAUCGACCGCUACAUCUCCAUCCACCGGCCGUUGGCCUACAGGCGCAUCGUGACCCGGACCAAAGCGGUCAUCGCCUUUUGCAUGAUGUGGACCGUCUCCAUCGUCAUCGCCGUGCUACCUCUGCUGGGCUGGAACUGUAAGCGCCUCAAGUCCGUGUGCUCCGACAUAUUCCCCCUCAUCGACGAGAACUACCUGCUCUUCUGGAUCGGGGUGACCAGCGUGCUGGUUCUUUUCAUCAUCUACGCCUACAUCUACAUCCUUUGGAAAGCGCACCACCACGCCGUGCGCAUGCUGAGCCGCACCUCGCAGAAGAGCCUGGUGGUGUACUCGGCGGACGGCACCAAGGUUCAAAGCGCGCGCCCCGAGCAGGCCCGCAUGGACAUCCGCCUGGCCAAGACUCUGGUGCUCAUCCUGGCGGUGCUGGUCAUCUGCUGGGGUCCCGUGUUGGCCAUCAUGGUCUACGACCUCUUCUGGAGGAUGGACGACGACAUCAAGACUGUGUUUGCGUUCUGCAGCAUGCUCUGCCUGCUCAACUCCACCGUCAACCCCAUCAUCUACGCGCUGAGGAGCAAGGACCUGAGGCACGCCUUCCUCAGCUCGUGCCACGCCUGCCGCGGCAGCGGCCAGCAGCUGGACAACAGCCUCGAGUCGGACUGCCAGAACCGCAACGCCAACAUCUCGGCCAACAGGGCCGCCGAGAGCUGCGUGAAGACCACUGUGAAAAUAGCCAAAGUAACAAUGUCGGUGUCCACGGAGACUUCGGCGGAAGCCGUGUAAUUGGCUGGAGGAAAGUCGGUACAUGUCACGUUUCUUGUCAUUCUACGUAAUGAAGCGGAUUUGGGGUGGGGAGGAGGAGAAAACAAAAAGACAAUUUAGUCAGUUUACGUUGUGGAGCAGAAAAGCCAAACAAAUCCUUCGUUUUAGGACACGAGCAUGAAAUUUGGCAGGGUUGCCUUUAAAAAUAAAAAGUGUGAGCCAACCUGUUUGCUUUACUAUUUCUCACUUCAAAUGGGAGAGUAGUUCUGGCCUUUCUCCAAGAUGGCCGCCAAAAUUUACCUUGGCUCAAAAAAAAGGUUGGGAAGCACUAAUUUACAGAGUAUGUUCAUACCAAGUUUCCUGCUCCAUUCAUCUCUUUAUUAAUUAAAUGAUUCUGCCCCCCCCUUCCACACACCCCCCCCCGCCAAAAAAUUCACAUCUACCUGCUCCAUUGCCAGUGUGUGAGCACAACGCGUGCCCAAGUGCCAAAUGGUAUUACAAGGUCGCAUUAACUGACUGGAAGGAAUUCUUCAGUUGACUUUCAUGAUAGUCCAAUUAGUGAAUGCAUUUUAUAUUUUUGUACCGUGACUUCAGGUUUUCAAAAACAAUGUAUCGUCACGUUGGGAACAAGGGGCUACUGACAUUUUCAAUUCCACACGUCUUACUGUGUGCCAUUUUUCACCAUGAAUAACAAGAAACCUUCUCUCUUUCCGUCUCCUCUCUUUCUCUCUCUCUCUCACCUUGACUUUCUCACAGAAUUUCGUGACCAGACAUUUUCUCUUAGAAUUAGAACGGGUCACUUUUUAUACUUCUGACAACACUCAGUGAGUGGCGAGCGUGUGAAAUGUAAACGAGCGGUGAGUCGUGCAAUGCGGAAAAACAACAGCGCUUGUGAACCGAGAAACACAACAUACAGUAAUUGCAGUUUUUUGGUUUGUUUGUUUUUUGAUAUGUUGUAAAAACGUUUUUUUUUAAACAAAUGGUGGUGAUCACUGUUGUAUAAUUGUGCCCAUGUGUUUACUUGCUAGCCGUUAAAGACUGUAGAGUACCACAAUCAUCAAGUGUACAGUGUUAAAAUGCAAAAAUUGUGUUGCAAUUGGGGAUGGGCAUUUUUACAAGAGGCCUAAUUGAACAUUUUUUAUCAAUUUUUUUUUUAUUGCAUCCGAGAAUCUUUGAAUGUUCUGAACUCCUAUUUCCAUGCCAGUCUCAUUAAGAAGGAAUAAUUGCGUGAAUGUACUAGAGUUCAACUUCCUAAAGGUAACCUAUUCUUCUUCUCGACUGAAUCGACAGCGCCUCUGCGGGUUGCUGCCUGAUUGCCCACCUUGAUUGACAAUCGCCGAUCAAUCAAAUUACAGUCUUAGAUAAUGCCCAUCCCUAGUUCAAAUCCCAAUGCUCGGCUUUUCAGUCCAGCUUGAGGAUCAAAAUUUCAAACGUCAAAAAUGAGCUCGAACACAGCGUGCUGGUCACAACCGUGUGAGUUGCAUUCAUCCUGUGUCUACUUUGACUAGAUUGUAUCUAUGUGAUACCUUGUGACUUGGUGAUAUAGUUCCAACCCAAAGCCUUUAAUGAAUUCAUUACAGUGAGUUGUAUCCAGUGCUACUGUUGCAGCAGAUUGUAGGUUCAUUUUUGUUUUGCUGCAUAAAAGCCACCCAUGCACUGGCCUUUUGUGAAGUAGUCUUAGUGUAAUGGAAAUAUCGUCUGCUGUUCAUUUUAGGUGUACAAAUACGAAAGAGAUUAGGGGAGUGUUCACACUUACAAAAGAAUCUCAGAAAAAGUGAUCACCCCCCUGUCCCCCACAAAUAAACAAUGUCGUGCUUUUUAAUCUAGGAAUUUGACAGCACAAUUGUUCUUAGGUUUUUCUAUUGGUGUGACGCUAUCCAUAACAGCUCUUGUGCCAGUAAAUGCUUCUGCUGCCUCUUGUAUUCUUGAAUAGUAAAAAAAAAAUGUCAACUGUCAAGUGACUUUCUUUACAGAAGUGGGAACAUGAGGAAUCCUCAAAACAAAACAAAAAAAGUCACAAUUGCUCAAGUGUUUUUAAUAUUACUGUUUCAAUAAAGUCGCAGCUGAUUGUCA